AUGUGGUGGGUAAGAGUGAUAUGGGCGUUGUUGUUGUCGUUUUGGGUUCUACUCCAACAAAGUAGUUGUAGUAGUAGUAUUGAGGAAGAAGAUAGUUGUCGAGCUUCAUCUUGUGGCAAAAUAUCAAACAUAAGUUACCCUUUUCGACUAAAAAAUGACCCAAAACAUUGCGGGGACAGCAGGUAUGAGCUAUCAUGUGAGAAUGAUGUAACGACUUUGUAUUUGUGUUCCGGGAAGUAUCAUGUGCAGUCCAUCAACUACCACAAUUUCACAAUCACACUGCUUGAUCCCGGACUUGAACUAAAUAAUUGCUCCUCCCUUCCUGUCAAUUUCUUGUCUCGGUUUAAUUUCUUUGAUGAUGUUAAUCAAGACAACACAUAUUGCACUGAUCCAUACCAAGCAACACUAAACAAUCAUGGUAAUGAUGAUGAUCUUCUUUUUGAACAUAUAGUUUACUUGAAUUGUAGCCAUCAAGUGACAAACAAUCACAAGUAUGUUGAUACAUCUUCCUGCAUCAAUUCGCACUCCAUAAAUGGCCAUAGUUAUAUUUAUGCCAUGGCUGGUGAUUUAAUUGCUAAAGAUUUUCAAGUUGGUUGUCAAGUGAAGUUAGUGGCUCCAACUUCAGGGUUCGGUUUGCAGAGAAAUCAAUUGCUUCCCUAUCAUGUCAUGCACAACGCCUUGGCCUAUGGCUUUAUGGUUUCCUGGGUGAAUCUUGUCUGUAAAACAACUUGCGGACAAUCAAAUCGCUGUUCCUUCAACGCUACCACCGAGAAAUUUCAUUGCUCUGACGACUGCGGUUAUAUCUACAUGCUGCAUACUUGUGGAAAAUUGUCUCGACAAAUGUUGUUUGUCAUCAUAGAAACCAUCGUAGCCGUUUGGAAAGGAUUAUUUGGAAUAUUAAAUGGACAACCAAGAUAUAGAUAUGAAGAUUUCUACUGUCCCGAGUAUAUAGGAUUUAUCAUAGGACAAUAUGUUCUACCGUCAAUUCUAGUGGCUAGAUUUAUGUUUGUGAUGACAUUAUUUAUUGGUUUGUUGAUAUACAAAUGGAGGAAAAGGCAUUUGUCAAUGUUUGGAUAUAUCGAAGUAUAUCUACAGCAACAAAACAACCUCACGCCCAUUGGAUAUUCAUACAAAGAAAUUAAGAAAAUGGUGAGAGGUUUCAAAGACAAGUUAGGUGAAGGAGGUUUUGGCACUGUGUUUAAGGGAAAUCUCCGUAGUGGACCUUGUGUGGCAAUCAAGAUGUUGCGUGAGUCAAAAGGUAAUGGACAUGACUUUAUCAGUGAAGUAGCAACCAUAGGAAGGAUACAUCAUUUGAAUGUUGUACAAUUAAUUGGAUUUUGUGCUGAGGGAUCAAAAUGUGCUCUUGUUUACGAUUUCAUGCCUAAUGGAUCUCUUGAUAAAUAUAUUUUCUCUAAAGAAGGGAGUGCAAGUAUAAGCUAUAGCCAAAUUUUUGACAUAUCGGUCGGAGUAGCUCGUGGGAUUGCUUAUCUCCACCACGGAUGUGAAAUGAAGAUUUUGCAUUUUGAUAUCAAGCCUCACAACAUUCUUCUUGAUGAGAACUUCAUCCCAAAAGUCUCUGACUUUGGAUUGGCUAAGCUUUAUCCAGUAGAGAAUAGCAUUGUCACAAUGACUGCAGCAAGAGGUACAAUUGGAUAUAUGGCUCCAGAAUUGUUCUACAAAAAUAUUGGAGGAGUGUCGUAUAAGGCCGAUGUUUAUAGCUUUGGGAUGCUUUUGAUGGAAAUGGCAAGUAAAAGAAAAAACUUAAAUGUCCACGCCGAGCAUUCAAGCCAGCUUUAUUUUCCUUUAUGGAUUUACGAUCAAGUUGAAAACGAGCAUGACAUAGAAAUAGAAGACAUCUCUGAAGAUGAAAAGAAAAUGGUAAAGAAGAUGAUCAUAGUCGCACUUUGGUGUAUACAAUUGAAACCAGAUGAUCGACCCUCAAUGAGCAAGGUCGUGGAGAUGCUCGAAGGAGAUAUCGAAACUCUUAACAUGCCUCCGAAGCCAAUUCUUUAUCCCAAUGAAACCAUUGGAAAUGAUCAAAGAAGCAACUCGGACCAAACAAUGUCAAGUGAUUCUGUGGAAAUAGCAACUGAUUCUCUUAUAGAGAACAUUUCUUGA